UUUGGCCACUGCCUGCAGCCACACCGUCCCAGCUGCAGGGGCUCAGAAUUCACCUUUGGCUCUUCUUACAGGUUUGUGAUCACCCGGCCAGAAAACGAGUUUAUGCUGCUGCCCUCGGAUCUUGUGUUUUGCGCCAUCCCCUUCAGCACCUCCUGUUACAAAAAGGAUAUUUCACCUCCAAGUCCGUGUGAAAUUAUAAAUAUGGUGCCACUGACAGAAGAGACGCUUACAGACGUAAAUUGUCCUCCUUCAGUUGACCAGGUCAGCGAGACUGCAGCCCAGCCACCCAGUACAUCCGUCAGUUCGCUGGAGCCAAAACCAGUCCCCGUUGGUGAUCCUGAGCAAGCAGUGUUGACUCCAAGUGGUAAGCUCUCAUCCCAGACACACCCAGGUGAAACCAGGAAAGAAAAUGGAAAGGAAAACAUGGAGGAAACCACAGUGGAAGAUGCCUCUGCCUAUCCAGAGUCAGACUAGACCUGCCGAUAUUUCCCAGGAGCUCCUGGCUCACUCCUUACGAGGCAUCUCCAGAGGUGGUGACUUUGAACAAGGAAGGAAAAGAUGGACGCCUGCCAUUUUUGUGGCCGUUGCUGAGGGGUGGAUCAGCAAGCCCACACUGUUUGGGAAGAGACAAAAGUCCGAGCUAAUCCCACUGGAUCUGGUGUGAUAAAUAAAGGAAUAGAUGAUAAAUGCCUCUCUAAGGGAAGUUCAUUGCUCUGGGUCUCUUGAGCAGAAAACAUGAUGGUUGGACCUGUGUUAAAGACAUUGUUCAGUACUUGCUGGGUUCCUCCACACAGGGAAUAUAAGAAGUAAUCAAGGUAAAAACAAGAAGGAUUUAGACAUAAGAGACAAGAAAUAACGUGCCCCCAAAUCAAGCGUCUUACAUUCUUUAUCCUC